AGCUGCAUAAGCGAGGCUUGUUGUUGUUGUCGUGGUCGUUUUUGGCUAAGCCUCGAAAUCCAAAAAAUCUUAAGCGAAGAUGAUGCACAUGACCUUCUACUGGAGCAGAAAGGUGAAUCUCCUAAUCGAUUCAUGGAAGACCAACGAUUGGACGGACUAUCUCCUCACUCUGCUCGCGUGCCUCGUCGUCGCCGCCUUCUACCAGUUCCUCGAGAAUCGCCGCAUCCGCCUCAAGCUCAUCGGCUCCGGAAAGCCCUUCCCGGCGGAGAUCGAGGCCCCUCUUCUGCGGCGGAAGCUCGCCGGAAACCGCGUCAAGGUGGGCGUGAAGGUCGCCGGAGCGUUUCUCUUCGGGCUGAGCUCCGCGGUCGGGUACUUGUUGAUGUUGUCGGUGAUGUCCUUCAACGGAGGGGUGUUUGUGGCCAUCGUCGUGGGUCUCGCUGUUGGUUACUUCUUCUUCAGGAACGAGGGCGAAGAUUCCCUUGUUGUUGAUACUUCUUGUGCCUGUGCUUAAAUCCUAAUUACUUUUAAAUCUCCCAAUUUCCUGUAAUAAUAAUAUAAUAGGAGUAGCAGUGCUUGUUAAUUAUUUUCCUUUUUUUAAUUUAGCAAACUUGUUUCAAGGAAUUUGGGAUGUGUAAUUUCGUGUACGAAAUUGUAUUUAAUUGUAAUUGUAAUAAUCAAGUCAAGAUAGUAGUACAAUUGGAAUCCUUCUUGAUUCUAAAGUUGAAUUUAUUUUGAUUCGGAGGCAAA